AUGAUUUCGGCCCCAUUAGUUAGGGAGAAUAUGAAAGAAAACCUGGGAAUUGCCGGACAAAAGCGAAAGAUCGAGUUAAAGUGUACUCCGUUAGACUUGGCUGCUCUAGAAGGGCACGAGGCGACGGCAGAGAAGCUCAUCGACAAAGGCGCUGAUGUGAACGCGAAGGACACAGAAGGGAACACCCCGUUACACCUGGCAAUUCACAACGGGCACACAGCGAUGGUAGAGGCGCUCAUUGCUAAAGGCGCUGACUUGAACGCUAAGAACAACGCUGGGUUUACUCCGUUACACUUGGCGGCUCAGGAAGGGCACGAAACGACGGCAGAGAAGCUCAUCGACAAAGGCGCUGAUGUGAACGCGAAGAACACAGAAGAGUAUACUCCGUUACACUUGGCGGCUCAGGAAGGGCACGAGGCGACGGCAGAGAAGCUCAUCGACAAAGGCGCUGAUGUGAACGCGAAGAUCACAGAAGGUCAGACAGCGAUGCACAUAGCAGCUUCGGAGGGCCAUCUCCACGUCCUGUACACGCUGGUGAAGCUUGGCGUCGCUACCAACGCGAGGAACGGCCGAGGAAAGACGCCCAAGGAAAUGCUGAAAGGAACUUCCACGACUGCAGAUUACGACAUGGAAGUCUUCAAAGGCAUCUCACUGAUAGAGAUAAUGGAGAAGUACCUCGCAGCUGAAAAGGGGAAGGUCGGCCUACAGAGAGACAAGAGGGCGCUUCAGAAUGAACAUAAAGAGGAGCUGAAGAGGAUGAAGGAAGAUCAGAGAAGAAGAGACGCUGACUCUCGGGGAAUGAAGAAGGAAAUCGCUGCUUUGAAAGAGAAGAUCAAGGCGAUGGAGGAGGAACACAGAACAGAACUGCAGAACGUCACAGAAAAGGAACAAGAAAAAGAAGCGACGAUGAAGAAUGAAAUAAUCCGUUUAAAGGAAACGAUUGUAAGUAAAGACGAGAAGAUCAAGUACAAGGUGAGGUAGAAAUAGAAAGAUAAAGAUUUGAGAGAGGGGGAGAGGGAAGAAAG